AUGGACACCGGCAGUCCUGAAUUCCAGGAGGCGCUGCGAGACCAUGCGCGCAGUCUUGGUGUAGACCCUGACACCGAGAGCUACUUGAUGCCGCUUGUCCAGGAGGCUCUGCUCGCAGAGCUUCCACCUGACUGGGAACAGGGCGAGACGGAGGACGGCACGCUGUACUACUUCAACUCGAGCACAGAGGAAAGCAUUUGGGAGCACCCGCUUGACGCGCAUUACCGAGAUCUUAUCCAGGCCAAAAAGGACGAGCAUGCUGCGCCACCAACGGAGGCAGCAACCGAAGUCUCUGCUGCUCCGGCCAGCGAGGCGACAUCAGCGACAAGUGCAGCAACAGCACCAAGCAACAGCGUUGACGUGUACAGCUUCGACGACGUUAGUGACGAGGAAACGCCGACACCGGUUGCAUCGCCAGCUCCAGUGCCAAACAAGUCUAGAAUCAGUGAUCUCUUCGCCACGCCAUCCCUAUCCAUGCCGGCCAGGAAGCUGGGCAAU